UUCCUGGUGAUCGACGCUCACGAUUCACUACGAGAUGAGAGACGACGACAAAGAGCUGACCGCAGAUGAGAUGAAAUUAAUGCAAACCCAAGACAUCGCUUAUAUUCAACAGAAACGGGUCAUCGAAAUGAAGAAAAUCGAGAAAUUGAGACAAAGUUUGCAUUUAAUUGAAUGCGAAGAUCGGGUGAAAAACACACACAUCUUCUUCGUGGACAACAAAUCAGAUAAAAAAGUGUUUGAUUUCGGGAAGCGCUUGAAGACGAGCGAAGAGUUGCUCGAAAUGGGCUAUAGUUUCGCCAAUUCUGAGCGUUUCAAUGGCAAGAAUGUCACCCAAAGUGAUGUCCAGAAUGUGAUUCAUUUGAGGGAUAAGUCGUACAAAGAGUUAGCGAAACGUAUGGAAAGACUCAAGUUUUUGGACAUUUUGUACCAUAAGAUGGAUGUGAAGAAGAAGCUAUUGAAUAAGAAGGAAAGCAAACCGAAGCUCGUGAAGAAGGGGUCGUCCACUCGUGCGCCACAAUUCAAGUGGAAGACUGAGAGGAAGCGAUGAUUUGUUGCAUUCAUUAAUUGUUUUUUAUUUUUCAUUUUUCAUUUAAAACAUGAAAUGUUCGCACAAAUGAUAAAAUAUAUAAACUUUAUAUUAAAUGAUGUCAUAAUUUAUACAAUAAUAAUGAG